GCGAAACCGGGUAUACGUCCUGUCAUUUACUCAAAACUUUUAGUAUAUUUGUUACGUUAAUAUAUGUGUUGUGUUUAAUAUGAGUGGUUUAAAAGUGAGUGAAGUGAUGUAAUACUUAUCUUUAAAUGCCCGUAUUUAACGCGAAGGUCAUGUGGUCGCGCAAGCAGUCAGUGUGCAGCGCAGUGAGUGGAGUCUCAAGAGCUGAUGAGCAUGACGGCAUUGGAGAUUUGCAUUUGUACCCAUUUGCGUUUGCGCUCCGAGUCCGUGUCUUACAGAUAGUGUGUGGAAUAGGCGGCUUAGUGGUUGGAGCUGUGGGUUGGUUAGAAGAAAGACAAAAACCUGUACUUGGACUGGGAGUACCCGCGGGAGCAGUCACCGUGUUAGCUGCUGCAUUAUCAGUAUACUACAGCCGAGGGUUUGGUGGGUGGGUCUCAGCUAGAUCCAGAACUUCAAGAUCUUGGGGUCCUCCUUGGAGGGUUCUGGGACCAUCAGCGUGCGCUGCGGUGCCCCUCACAAUACUAUGGACAGCUGCUCUUGGGGCACACGUGGCUAUGUUCGUCUUUUGUACAAGAACACUUAUGAAUAUUGGAUGCGGUUCGAAAACUUGUAUCGGUGUUGCAGUAGCUCAAUUGUCGAUUUCAGUAACAACUUUAGCAACUGCUGUCUACAUGGUACAACUGGACUUGAGAUAUGAUGCUGCACUAUCACCACCACGCCGCUCAGAUGCGCAUACAUGCACUGCUGUGUCUAUGGUACCACUUACAUCAGUCGCAGUGAACAGUGGUGCCAGCGCUGAUGGGCCGGAUAACAGCCCACUAAAUAAAGACCACAAGGAUCAUCCACCUCCUUCUGAACCCACUUGAUGUCGGAAUACAGUUUAUUUAAGCUGUGACUUUAAUUGUAUAUGAAAAGUAAGAUGUUAGAGUAUUGACAUAUUUAUAAGGUUUUUUAUAUAUCAAUCAAUAGUUGUAAACGAACUAUAGCUCCGUAGUAUAGUUUUCGUGAAUACAUUUGUAAAUAUAGUGUUUUCAAGUUUCGUAACCCAAUUUCACAACUAGGUUAGACCUCUAAACCUACCCAGCCAGCCAGCCUAAAAAGCCAGGACCAAUUUUUACGCCACAUGUAAAUUGAUUUUCCUCGGAGGCGGUUUUGUGUGUAAUAUUGAUAAUUUUAUUAAUCAGUAAUAUUGGCAACCUGUAUCCAUCAAGUUACUAUUGUAAAUAUGUAAAUGAAAUCAAAUAUAAAUCAUUUUAAAUUAAGAAUUCGUCUUUUACAUUGAUGUGAUUAGUUAUUAAAGAUUAUUAUUUAUCUGUUUCGUUACAUUUGUAGUUAUUGUGAAUAUUCAUUUUAUAUCCUUAUGUUUAAUAUUUAAGUAAAGAAAAAGUUAUUAACCAGUGGCGCCUACACGUUCUGGCCUCAGGGCGUGAACAUUUGUUUUUACUAAUAGGCAAUAAGGGGGUCACCUUCUGGGCUUGACACAUGCCGUUAUUUUUUUUGGAGGCAUGGCGGCUUCCUCACGAUGCUUUUCUUCAUCGCACGAGCGAUUGUUAGGUUAAUAUGCACAUGGAUAUAAAUUCCAUUGGGUUUUAGAAGCGGUGAUCUCAGGAAUACGAGUCACACACUGAAGCCACUAGGUCAACACUGCUAUCUGAAUGAGUCUAAGAAAUUUGUAUAUUUGUUCCUAAGCCACUCAUUACAUACCAUGCAACUAAUAUUAAAUGUAUAUGUUCACAACAUAGUGGCCACUGUUAUAUCUAAGUCCUAU